AUGGAGGCAAGACCACAGCAUUGCCUGUCCAGAUUACUAGACAACUCUGCCCUGAAGCAGCAGGAGUUACCUGCCCACCCCAGGAGAGUCCUCUUUGUCUUUUUCACAACAGGAAUAUUCUGCCUUUGUAUGGGCAUCAUCCUUAUAUUGUCUGCAAGGAGCACUCAGGAAAUAGAGAUUAAUUACACAAGAAUAUGUGCGAAUUGUGCAAAACUGUGAGAAAAUGCCUCUAAUUUUGACAAGGGAUGCACCUGCUCUAUUCCCUUUUACCUUUCAGGAAAAAUGAUGGCUGUUGAGGAUUGUGCCCCAUUUAAAAUGUCCGACAAUAAGACCCCCAUCAUUCCUUGUGAUGCUAUUGCCAACAGCAUGUUCAAUGACACCAUAAUUCUUUCACACAACAUUAAUUCAUCUGUACAAAUCAAAGUGCCAAUGUUAAAGAGUGGACUUACGUGGUGGACAGAUAAGUGUGUCAGAUUUCAGAAUCCAAGUUCCAAGAAUCUUGCUGAUGAAUUUAGAGGAACCACAAAGCCCCCAAACUGGCCCAAGCCUAUCUAUGACUUGGAUAAAAAGGAUCCAAGAAACAAUGGCUUCCUCAAUGAUGACUUCAUUGUGUGGAUGCGGGCAGCUGCCUUUCCCACUUUCAAAAAACUGUAUGGUCGACUCAAUCGCACACACCAUUUUAUAGAAGGCUUGCCUGCUGGUAAUUAUAGUUUCAACAUAACCUAUAACUUCCCAGUAACCAGGUUCCACGGAGAAAAAUCAGUUGUUCUCUCCACCCUGACAUGGUGUGGGGGUAAUAGCCUUUUCUUAGGUCUCGCCUACACAGUGACAGGAGCUACGACAUGGUUGACCUCCUUUGCCAUGAUGGCAAUUCACAUCAUGCUGAAAAACAAGAAAAUGUCCUUCUUCCAUCAAUAAAGUCAAGCUUUAAAAAGAAAAGGAGGAAACAAAACUGGACAGUGAAGUAACAGAACCAAAGAUCUCUGAAGGGCUGGAAAUGACUGGGAUCUUUCAACAAGGGGAACUAGGUUGACUGAACUAAAAUCAAUUUCAUAUAGAUAAUGAAGAGAAUUUUAGAGUUAAAAAGAAGAAGGAAGAAGAGGGGAGGCAUAAUUAUAUGUGGUAAAAUGUCCUGGUACGGGGAGAAUAAAUCACUCUUG